AAUCAUGAUGCUUCAGAGUUCUAAUUCUUUGUUUCCAAAACUCUUAUUCUCGGCUGUGGGAAUGACUUCAAUAGCAUAUCUAAAAUAUAUCAGCAUGGUAAAUGCGAAGGCUCGGAGAAACCCCUUAACACAGAUUUUAUCUAAAAUCCCAAAAGAUAUUAAAGACCUUGGUGAGUUUACUCAGUUCGAAAUUAUUGCUAUCACCAAAAGAAACACGAUCAAAAAUAAAUCUGUUGGAAAGCAAAGAAUAGGACUUCCCUCCAAACUUUCACAAAGAGAUACUGAAGCAAGUACUAGCCAUCUUGAAGAAGACCUAGAAGGGUCUCUCAGAAGAUCUUCUUCUGAAAAAAUCCCUUCAAUUAAUUACAAAGAACCCAAUGCUAGAUCAAAACAUUCUAACUCUGAAUUGACAUCAAGAAGCUGAAAUUCAUGACUAUACAAACUAAAGAGCAUUUUGAAGUCUUCUUGAGCUGAUAAAAUUCAAACUCCUCGAUAUGUUCAGUUCGACUUAUAAAUAACUUAAUUUCCCAUAAAAAUCUUGGCAAAUUUCAAUCAAAAAUCUCCAAUAUCUAAAUUUUACUACUAUCUUCAGAUGUAUCUCUACUAAUGAAGAAGCGAAAGGCAUUAAUGGAAGGAAAAUAGUUCUGAGCAACCAGAAACACUUCCAAGUGCCAAACUCUCAAGAGUAAUAACGAAUGCACGGACUUGAAUAUCUCAUGACCAAAAAUAAGCUAUAA